AUGAUUAAAUCCACAUUGAUUUAUAGAGAAGAUGGUUUGCCUCUAUGUGCAUCCGUAGAUGAUGAAAAUAACUCAACACUCAAUGAACAAAAGAAAAAGGUCAAAUUAGUCAUAUCGAGAAUGACACCACAAUCUAUAGAUAGAGCAACAUUAGAAAGUGGUGAUUAUGAAAUAAACUACAUUAAAAAAGAUAUCAUUAUCUUUUUCGUCAUCUGUGAAAAGGGUUACCCACGUAAUUUGGCAUUCUCGUAUUUAAAUGACGUUGCUGAAGAAUUUCAGCAUUCAUAUUCUAAUGAAUACGGUAAAGUGACAGUAAGACCAUAUGCAUUUGUCACUUUUGACACUUUCUUACAAAAGAGUAAGAAAAUUUAUAGUGAUAAGAAAGUUCAAGAUAAUUUAGAUCAACUGAAUCAAGAAUUAGUCGGUGUAAAACAAAUCAUGUCCAAAAAUAUCGAAGAUUUAUUAUAUAGAGGCGAUUCGUUAGAUAAAAUGAGUGAUAUGAGUGCAUCAUUGAAGGAAACUUCUAAGAAAUACAGGAAAAAAGCCCAAAAAAUUAAUCUCGAAUUAUUGAUUAGUCAAUACGCCCCAAUCGCCAUCGUCGCGUUCACUUUUGUAUUCUUAAUAUGGUGGAUCUUCCUAAGAUAA